CGCGGACGCCGUCCUUGCGCGUGCAGUCGCCAUUUUGCUCAUAGAGACGUCGCCUGGAGACAGUCCUUUCUUCCUUCGGCAGCCGAGGCUGCGGCUAGGCCGGGGCUGGGGUCAGGGCCAGAAGCAAGAACCCGAGAGCCCAAAGCUGUUUUCCAUGGCAGACACCGGUGGUCCACCUUGGUCUCUUUAGGGCUUUGGAGGAAUUUUGUUGUCAGAGAAUAAAAGGAGGUUGUCCAUAAUUGACUUUAAGCAGCAAACAGUAAAACACUGAGCUCUUCAGCUCCACCUUUCUUGCUCUGAGAAUUGGAAAACCAAGAAGGUUUUGAUGUUUUGUGUGGCGCCAACUGAAUUAGAAACCAAGAUGAACAUAACCAAAGGAGGCCUGGUGCUGUUUUCAGCAAAUUCUAAUUCAUCAUGUAUGGAGCUUUCAAAGAAAAUUGCUGACUUUUCCUCCCUUUCUCUUCUCUAGGCGGCUGGGGGUGGAAAUGGGCAAAGUGCAGGUUUACCAGGAACCUAACCGAGAAACAAGAGUACAAAUUCAAGAGUCCGUGAGGGGAAAAGAUGUUUUCAUCAUUCAAACUGUUUCAAAGGAUGUGAACACCACCAUCAUGGAGCUCCUGAUCAUGGUAUAUGCGUGUAAGACCUCUUGUGCCAAAAGCAUUAUUGGUGUGAUCCCCUACUUCCCUUACAGCAAGCAGUGCAAGAUGAGAAAAAGAGGCUCCAUUGUUUCCAAAUUGCUGGCUUCAAUGAUGUGUAAAGCUGGUCUGACUCAUCUUAUUACUAUGGAUUUACACCAAAAGGAAAUUCAGGGCUUCUUCAAUAUUCCUGUUGAUAAUUUAAGAGCUUCUCCCUUCUUAUUACAGUAUAUUCAAGAAGAGAUCCCGGAUUACAGGAAUGCAGUGAUUGUAGCCAAGUCUCCAGCCUCAGCCAAGAGGGCACAGUCUUUUGCUGAGCGUCUGCGGCUGGGCAUCGCGGUGAUUCACGGAGAAGCUCAGGACGCCGAGUCCGACUUGGUGGAUGGACGGCAUUCCCCGCCCAUGGUCAGGAGUGUGGCUGCCAUCCACCCCAGCCUGGAGAUUCCCAUGCUGAUUCCUAAAGAAAAGCCCCCAAUCACAGUUGUUGGUGAUGUGGGAGGAAGGAUCGCCAUUAUUGUGGAUGACAUUAUCGAUGACGUGGACAGCUUUCUCGCUGCAGCAGAGACCCUGAAGGAGAGAGGGGCAUAUAAGAUCUUCGUGAUGGCGACGCAUGGCUUGUUAUCUUCCGAUGCCCCCCGACUGAUUGAGGAAUCUGCCAUCGACGAGGUGGUGGUUACCAAUACAAUUCCACACGAAAUCCAGAAGCUCCAGUGCCCCAAAAUCAAAACUGUGGACAUCAGCAUGAUUCUUUCCGAAGCCAUCCGCCGGAUUCACAACGGGGAGUCCAUGUCCUACCUUUUCAGGAACAUAGGCUUAGAUGACUGAAGAGCUGUCUUUCCUUGUAACUCCCAGGGGCAAACUGGAACGCGAGAAUGUGCUGUGAGAUAUCAGGCCAGACUUGAUGUAUUUCCCAGGGGCCAUUUGUGUUUUGUUCCUUUCUUGUUAAUUACUAUGAAGAUAGACCAACUUUUUUUGUCGAUGUGGGUAUUUGUGAGUAUUUUGGGCAAUUUUUAUAAGAGAAAAACUGUAUCCUCUUAAAUAAAAUAAGUUAAGACCUUAUUGUUUUUAGUUUAACUAUAUAAAAUAUAACUUGGAAGAAGAUUUUUAAGCCCACAAACAGCCUUUUUCCAAAAUUGUUACAGCCCAAGUGCUUAAAAAAUGUAAUAAAAUAAAAUGGUCUACUUACUGUAUGAUACCUGCAAUUGAAAAGCCAAAAAACCUAUGCUGUUGAGUCCAGGAAUAACAUUUUUAGAAAUGCUUUUAUAGAUAAGCAUAUGGAAUAUGUGACCAUUAUUUAUUUUCUGCAACAAAAGAAGGAAUAAAAACUUACUGUGUUUGUGUGUGAUUUUUUACCCUUUAUGUUUUGGCAAUUGUUUUAUAACUAAAAUAAAAUGAAAGCUGAAUAUA